AUGGAGAUGGAUGAAGAAACGAAACGAAAUUGCUUUCAAAGUAAAUCGCCAUAUGUAGAGAAGUUCUUGACAUAUGAGAUUUCAAACGGACGUGAUCAGAGAUAUCUUGACCUUUUAUGGAGAUGGUACGAGAAAAGUGGAAACUACGAUAAAGCGGCUACUCUUCUUUCACGAUUGGCUGAUAGCACACGGCCAGAAGUUUCUCUUUCUCAACGGUUUUCCUAUCUCUCACAUGCUAUUAUGUGUGCUGAAGCAAGCAAUGACGAAAAAACUCGUGCAUGUUUAGAAGACUUGAGAGAUAAAGUUGAAGUUGCUCGAAUCCAAAUCUCUAUACGAGACUGCUUGAAAGGCUUGUCAAAUCCAUCACCUGCGCAAAGGGAAGCUAUUCGUACAUUGGAUGGACCGAUUCUUCCUCUUCAAGACUUACUGUUCAAUUUCGCAGUUCCUCUUGAUUUGUUCAAAAUUCAACUUUCCAUCUAUCAUUGCGGAAGAUUGUAUCAUGAAGAUACUAUUAUGGAUCUCUGGGAGAAAAUUUUGGAUUCAGAAUUGAAUAUCAACGAUGACCCUGCCGAAAGGCUACGAUGUUCUCUGAAAGAACUGCACAGCAUUUUCAAUCGAACCAAAUACUUCCCAACAGAGUGGAUCGUUCGCCGUUUAUUGGCUAAAGGUGCAACGAGUAGAACGAUUGAUCCGUCUUUCUAUUUUGAUUUAAUCAAGGAUGUUUCAAUGUCUUCCAACCAAUUCCUCAACUUGCUUUUAGAUGAGUACAGAAACGGAGACCCAUUUUGGUCCAAGGACGAGUUCGGUCAGAAAUACAUAGUGAAAGUGGGUAUUUGCCAUGCUGAGGCGCUGUUGGAGAAUCCUAACGACCUGAAAAGGAAGGCGGAAUUGGUUGGUAGCUGCGAAGCGUUAUUAUCAGCUUUUUCUCUGGACUCGAGAUUAGUGUCAGCAACUCCAUCACUGAGACAGUUAAGCUCACCCCUCAGUGUUCUGCUCCAUCGAUUGAACGGCCUCCGUUAA